AUUGAUAGUAGGAAGCAAAAUAUAUGAAAACAUUCGAUAGAAAGUUUACAAAUUAAUGUAACAUUAAAAACAUAUUAAAGCGAAGUUAUGUGAUGUUAUAGAUAAAAUUAUAAAGUUUUAUUGACAAGUCAUAAUGGAAUAUGAUUAUUAUCCCACGAAACGUCAUUUUGACAACCAUAAUCGAAUUUUUGGUGGGAAAAUAUGGUGCAUACAGGAUAUUUGUGGAAUAAUAUGUGCUGUUAUGACAUGGAUGCUUAUUGCCUACGCCGAAUUUGUUGUAAUGAAAGUGAUAAUUUUACCAUGUCCUUAUCCGCUUUAUCGUUACAUUAAUAUGAUAAUAUUUAAUUGUGGAAUAUUCCUUGCGGUAUCGAGUCACUUAAAAUCAAUGUUCUCCGAUCCAGGCGCUGUUCCAAAAGGCAAUGCCACAAAAGAGAACAUUCAAAAUAUGGGAUUUCGUGAAGGUGAAGUAAUUUUUAAGUGCCCAAAAUGUUCAAGUAUCAAGCCAAACCGAGCACAUCAUUGCAGUGUCUGCAAAAGGUGUAUUCUUAAAAUGGAUCAUCAUUGUCCAUGGAUAAAUAACUGUGUAGGUGAAAGGAAUCAAAAGUAUUUCGUAUUAUUUUGUUGCUAUAUUGCAUUGACUUCAGUUCAUGCAUUAUUUCUUUGUGUAAAUCAAUUUGCAAUGUGCAUCAAACAUGAAUGGAAAGAGUGUUCGACAUUCUCUCCACCAGCAACAGUCGUUCUUCUGCUAUUUCUUAUAUUUGAAGCACUUUUGUUUGCUGUGUUCACAAUAAUCAUGCUUGGCACGCAAUUGAAUGCAAUAUGGAAUGAUGAAACUGGAAUUGAACAACUUAAAAAGGAAGAAGCGAGGUGGGUGAAGAAAUCGCGAUGGAAAAGCAUUGAAGCUGUUUUCGGUCGAUUUUCAAUCCUUUGGAUGUCACCAUUCAAUCAACCAAACAUCAAGUCUAAGAUGGAGAGCUGUCUUUACCCUGUUUAACUCAUGCGUCGAUCACAUUUUUCUUUCCAAAACUCUUUGUUUUACUUGACUGUUAAUAAAAACCAUUAAAGUUUAUGCAUUGAACAACAUUAAUG